GGUUUUGUUUGUCAUAUUUUAGCAGCGUUUAUACCAUAUGUUUGUGGUGUUUAUGCAAAGUGGUAACACAUAAUAAUACCAGCAUUGUUUAUCACAGCCAUGAAUAAAUCGAUUGAAAAUUUUGAUUCACCGCAAAAAGUUGAAUUUACCAUUGAUCAUCUGCUUGAUAUAAGAUCAGCCAUUGUUUGUUUGUUGGAUGUAGUGGCAACGAUAAUCAAGACACUGGAGGGGAAUCCCCCAACCUCAUACUCAAAGAUACAGCAGGAAUGCAAUGUUGUGUUGAGUGAGGAAUUGUUUCAAGGAUUGCGCAAUCGAUAUUUAUGGUGGAGCGCGACCUUUAAUAACCCUGUCACGCACCAACGACCACAGCUAAGAUACAGUCGAUUGGAAGCCGAUCGUUUCAUCAAGUGUUUGGUUUCUUCGUUCGAAUCAUGCCGCUUCGUGCUCAAUCAAGCGUUGCAACGAAGAUCUUUAAACGAAUCAAAACUUAACGUUGAAAUUAAGAAAGUGAAAGCUGAACUAACGUCGUGUCAAUCUCAACUCUCAUUGGCUGAGAAUAAGUUGGCCACGGUUGAUCGGGAACGAGGGGUUUGGUUGUCGCGCAUGGAUGAGCUCAACCAACGUUUGCUCGACGCUCAGCGAAGAAUAUCCACAUUGGAAAAAAACAAAUCAGCAUUGUCAUGGCAACGACAUCACAAUGAGAUGGUUACUAAGCAACAACAGGAAACAGAAGAACAUGACUCGGCUAUUUUGAAACUGAGAGAAGAAAAAGAAAAGGGUUUUGAGGCGAUGCGGCAAAAAAUUAAAAAAUUGGAGAAUGAGGUCGGCAAGUUGAGGUUGAAGAGUGAGCUGUAUGUGGCGCCCUCUACUGGUGGCUUGCUCCAUAAACUUGAAUAUAAGAAACGAGAAGUUUAUUUACGAGACCAGGAAAUCCGAAGUCUUCGCAGCGAGAUGAUGGAGAAUCGGAAGCAAAUGGCGGGCUGUUUGGGGGGGAUGGUGAAAGAUUACAGGUGUUUGCUACAGAAAUGGGAGAAUGAGAAUCCAGGUCGAAAGUUUAGUCCAGAUCCCGAUAAAGUUAAGUUGCAGGCAAAGUUACACACCAUCCACCAAUCGUUAAUAAACGACAACCUACAAAUGGUACUCCCCACUCUACCCAACCAUUAUGCUCCAAUCGAUGUGAAAAUAAACAAACACAGCCCCCCCACAAAACGACCCACCCAACCCAACUCCACCAACCAACCUAAGAUCAAAUAGUUUCGACACAAGAGCGAGCCACAGAGCAGCGGGAAUCCCCAAAAUACUUCGUCCCCACAGCGCGAGGGGGGAUUUCCCACAAAAUAUCCCUAAUGACAUCACAGACAAAUCACCAUCAACUCCCCACCCCCACCUAGUGAGCAAAGUAACAGGACGAGCCAAUCUCCACCUAGUGUUGAAACAUUUCCCGUAUCUUACCGUCGAACAAGUUUCCAAACAAUGGGAGAACUUUCGUAGAUUCGACAAAAACAACGACUUUAAACUGGAUCUUCCAGAGUUGUACGAGGCGGUUGGGGGUCAUGGAAAGGUCACGGUUAAUGAGAUACGUGAAGCGAUGCGUGAAGUCGACCGCGACCAAUCAAACAACAUCGAUUUUUACGAAUAUCUUAAAAUAUCGGAGAUGAUUUUCAAGAACCAAGGUGAUUCUGCGAUUUUUAAAUCUGGAUUAUUACAUCAUAAUGGCUCGGCCUCGUCAGAAGCUUGCGUUCUGCAGUGAUGACCAAACAAAUUUUACCAGUGAUGACCAAGUAGUUUUCUUGCACAUUUUUUCAUUUAGUUUUCACAAGUUGCUCAAUCUUCACGUAUGCAGUUUCACAAGCCAUAUUAUUAUUAAUGCAAUAAUUUUACACUAACUUUUAUAAUUUCUAUUUUUUAUAUUCUUUUAGUUUUCACGUGCACUCCCUUAGUUCUUAUGCAAUUCACUUUGUAAUAAAUAUUAUUA